UCCAUUUCUUGAGGCAGAAAAAAGCGGAACGUGAACGCCACUGGUAUGCAUGGCACAAUGAUUGAUUCUUCAUCUGGGGCACUUUGAAAAAGGUGAAUAUGGAAGUAGAGAUCAAGCUUCGUCUCCCAGACUCAGCCACUCACCAAAAACUCUCCAACGUGCUUUCUCCUUUCCACACCAAAACCUUAAUCCAAGAAAACAUCUUCUUCGAUGGCACAAACAAGGAACUCACUUCCAACCUCGCUGUUCUCCGAAUCCGUUUCUACAACCUGGAACGAUGCGUCCUCUCCCUGAAGGCCAAGCCAGUGAUCUCCGGCGGAAUCAGCCGCAUGGAGGAACAUGAAGAGCCAUUUGACCCUGCGCUUGGCCGUGCCUGCAUCGCUGAGCCGUGGAGGCUCUUAUCAGUGGAUUCUUCCACGGUGCUGAAGAGGGUGAGGGAUGAGUACGGUGUUGGAGCAAAUGGGGUGGUGUGCUUAGGUGGGUUUAGGAAUGUGAGGGCUGUGCAUCAAUGGCAAGGGUUGAAACUGGAUGAGACCAACUAUGAUUUUGGGACCAGCUACGAGUUGGAAUGUGAGAGUUCUGACCCAGAGACACACAAGAAACUGCUCGAGGACUUUCUUCAAGAAAAUGGAAUCAGCUAUUCUUAUUCUCAAGUUUCAAAAUUUGCAGUUUUUCAGUCCAGGAAGCUGCCAGAAUUUUGAGAAGUCUCCUUAGCAAUUAUUAUUGUUGAAUGCAAGGCAUUGUUCUUUAUUAA